AUGACGGACACCGGCGCGGCCUUGGAGGAAGACGGCGGCGGCAGAACGCCGGCGGGGACGCACAACAAGGACAAACAUGCGGCGGGCAGUUGCGCGGCGGACGCGGCCUGCGGGGGGCGCCAAAGAAGUCCGGCGCGCGCGACCGGCGAGCGUCCGCACAACUGCCAGUUGGAGCAUCAACAACAAAAUCAACAAAACCCCAAUCAGGCACAUCAGGAGGCGUCGGCGUGCAGGAGAGCGGCGCUGGCCAGGUCAAAGACGUUCGACGCGUCCGAGCUGACUCCCGUGCAAAGCGAGCUGGACUCAAAGCCGGAGAGGAAGAAGCCUCCCUACAGUCAGCUGUCCAAGGGCGACUCUCAGUACCAUAAACUCUUCAAGGAGAUCAGCAAAGAGGAGCAACUCAAGCAAAGUUACACGUGCGCUCUGCAGAAGGACAUCUUGUACCAGGGCCGCAUGUUCGUCUCCGACCACUGGAUCUGCUUCCACUCCAAAGUCUUUGGAAAAGACACCAAGAUUGCCAUCCCGGUCACAUCGGUGACCCACGUGAAGAAGACCAAGACGGCUCUCUUGGUGCCCAACGCGGUGGUGAUUGCCACAGCCAACGACAGAUACGUCUUUGUGUCCUUCCUGGCCCGGGACAACACCUACAGGUUCCUCAUGUCCGUCUGUCUUCACUUGGAGGAGAAGAGUCCGUGCAACAGCCCCAUUCCGUCGUCAUCCCAAAUCAACUUCCGAGGUCGGACGUCGCCUCGUUCGCCGCGUUUUCCUCUGAGUUUCCGCGUCGACUUCGCCGACCUGGACGCGACGCGGCGGAAGAGUCGUCGGGACACGGAGGAAAGCAGCACUUCCGAUUCCCAGACGCCGGAUGACGACAAGUUGGCAGACUUUGCAGUUCCUCCCUACCUGGACGCAUUCAAGUGCAGUGACGUGGCAGCACCUCCUGAGCAUCAAGUGAAAAAUCUUCUUCAUCCCAAGCAUCCCAAAGCGUUGAAGAUUCCCAAGCAGGAAAGCAAGCCGCAGGCUUUGGAAGUGAAGCGAGAGGAGGCGGGAUGCGGACAAACGCUCUCCCUCAACACUCUGCUGUUUGUUUACCUCUUUUUAGUGUGCCUCUUGAUGAUGUCGUCCUGCUUCCUGACCGUCAAGAUGCUUUCCUUGGAGCAUCGACUGACGGCGCUCGACUCCAUUACGGACUUAGCUCAGCCAGACGACUUCCUGAGAGGCACUGACGACGUUAACAGAGAACUUCUCGCCGAACUGCUGAGCCUCAACCUCAAGAAGCUGGAGAAGGUACAGAAGAAUCUUCAGAGACUUUUGGACGAGGCUAUUUAAAGAAUUGUGUCAAUAUUUAGACAAUGUCAUACUUAAAUAUAUGUAGAUGAAGAGACCAAAAACACAGUGGACAUUUUGGGGAAUUUGGAGCAUUUUCAUAAAGUGUGAUUUGUAUUUGGAAUUUGUGAGUUAGGUUGCGAGUAGUUUCCAAAACAAAAAUUAUGAUUUCACUCUUAAAUAGCAAAAUCUUCAAAAUUGAUCACUUUGCGGUGGUCUUAAUUUUUUUUUACUGUGACUUUUAGCUGCAGAUAUAAUUGUUUUAAAUAAUGGAUUGUGUGAUGUGUUUGUCACGUGUCACUUAAAAAGAUUGAGUGACGUUUUGAAAAGAGUCAACUUCCUGUCACUGAUGUCAUCCACAGACCUUUUUCUCAAUGAUGUCAUAGAUAUUUUCCAGUUGGCAAUUUCCCACAUUGCACCAGCAGUAAACCGACCCCCCCACAAAGACUUAACUCAACCCCGA